AUCGUCCUAAGCCACUUAUUAACUUGGAAAGCGAUGUGAUGAUGAGGCUAGUAUCACCUAGUGGAAGGGCCUCCUGCCUAGGUAGAAGAGGAAGAAGACCUUGGUUGGCAUACAUGGAAAGGUCGUUUGUGCUGUUGGUGGGAGGCCUAUAUAAGACUUCGGCUUCCUGUGACCUGAGGAACUUUUCUUCUUCUUCUUCAUAUCCAAAACUCUUACAACUUUUCAACUUCACUCGAUACCCCCAAAAGUCUUUCUUACUUUCUUCAUUGCCUACCCGAUACUUCUUUUAACUCCAAGUUUAAAUUCAUUCAACCGCAAAGAUGCAAUUCAAGAACAUUGUCGUUUUGGCUUUGGCCGGUGCUGUCAUGGGUCAAUCCUCUGUUGAAUCCAUCCUCUCAGAUGCUACCUCCAGUGCUGCAAGUCUCAUCAGCUCCGCCACUGACUCCGCAUCGAGUGCAUCCAUUACAUCUGCCUCUUCCGCUUCUGAUUCCUCUGCUUCCCUCGCAUCUGGUCUCUCAUCUACCCUCUCUUCCGUCUCAUCUUCCAUCUCAUCCGUCGUCUCCUCUGCCGAGUCUUCCAUCAACUCUGCUCAAGCUUCCGCUGAAUCUUCCCUCUCGGCCGCUCAAUCUUCUGCCGCAACUCUCACUGGCUCGGCCGCUUCCUCUGCUUCCUCUUCUCUCGCAUCUGUCUCGAGCUCCCUCGCAUCCAGCUUGAGCUCGAAAACUUCCUCUUUGUCUUCUUCUGCCAGUAGCCGUGCUACCUCUGCUGGUUCAGUCGUCACCACCACCAACUCUGCUGGUGAGACUGUCACCUCUACUUCCACUGCCGGAGCUGCUAUCCAAACUGGUGCUAUGGGAGCUGCUGCUCUUUUCGGUGGUGCCGCUAUCUUUGCCGCUGCUUUGUAAAUGAGGGAACGGAUUGAUUGAUAUCUUUCUUUACUUUACAACAUACAACGGGCUUGCAUAUUGAUGUGGGAUUUCUAUUUCAUUGAUGGGAAUCUUACAGGGUGAUGGAUUCAAUGGUUUAACUGAUGAUCGUAAUGAUGAUGGUUAGGAGAAAUGGGUACUGCGAAUGGACGCUGUACUUAGUAACAUUGCAUUUCAUUUGCAUUGAGAAAUAAAAAACUAUUACAUGAACAUAA